AGAACACAACACAACUCACCACAAACAACACACAAUUUAAUCCAAAAUAUAUUAAAAAAACAAAAAAACAAAGAUGAAUGCCACAACGUUUGUUGUGCUUCUCGUGAUUGGCGUUUUGUGCGCCAAUGUCAGGGCAAGGGUGGACGUAGAUGAGUCCAAAGAGACCAAAUUAGGCACCUCUAUGUCAAAAUCUGCUACUAAAGGCAUUGGAGCUGAGCUUUCUGUAACGGCCCAAACUAACAGCACUUCUUAUGGCACUGGCUAUGCUAGUGUUACUAAGAGUCCCAAAGGUCCAAGCGCGUUUUCAGACGGAAACGGCUACACAGAUACCAAUGGAGCUGUCUCAGCGCGAGGUCGCAACGCAAACGCUUCUUCUACCAGUGGUUCUGCCGCUCGAGGUAGUGCUGCAGCUGCAGCGGAUCGCAGAGGUGCUGCUGCCCGUGGAAACGGUUCCGCAGGUUCCUCUUCCACUGCGAGGGGCCGCACCACUGACAAGAAGAAGAAGAAGAAGAAGUGCGACAAAGAUAAAAAACGAUGUGAUUGAGCGUGAGGUGAUCAUAAUGCUCAUUGCUCAAACCAAUUAUAUAUAUCGCACAAACUCACAAUCUCUCUUGUAUUCAUAAAUAAAACAGAGAUUGAUCAUUGUCACCUUUAAUUACAUCAUGAAAUGCUACUUUUACUGUGUAAUGUCUUAUCAUAUAAAUAAAAUAAAUGCAGUUAAUUACGACCUUAUAUAA